AUGACGGUAACGCCAGCCCUGGUGCCCUACUGGCGGUACGGUGACCGUAUGUCGCUGGCGCUGUAUGUCAACGAAGACGCCGCGUGCAGUAAUGCCACGAUCGAGCAGCAGUCACCUGCGUGGGAGGUCAAAGACAUCCUGUAUGGCGACACCGGGAUCAACUACCAGGCUGAUCUGGAGCUGGCGGCAUCGGCAAGCGUGCAAAACAAUGGCACGCUGUAUGCGCACGCAGUGUUUACGCGGAAUGGCUACGGCAAACACCCAAAGGAGGACAACUACGACGCUGACAACGUAGCAGUGGUAACAUGGCCGCUCACUUACUACGUAAGGUACCGCAAGCCAGACCACGUCAAGAAGCUUGUCGAGUUUCCACACAAGGGCAGCGGAGUGGAGCUGACAGCCGAGGAGAUUUCUGCCCGCGACCAGCAGCGCGCUUUGCGCGAGGCACGCGAAUCGGAGAUGGACGGCAAGCUGGUCAGCUACUGGUACCCGAACUUGACACUGGCGAUUGUCGACUCGGGCAUGGAGCUGUAUCCGUAUUCAAGCGAGCCCCCGGUGGUGCACAAGUGGAUCAAGCUGGCAGAUGUCCGUGGCAAGGACCCGCAGUCUCACCUGACAUAUAUGAAGCCGAUAUUCUUCGUCAACGAUUUCUGGCGCUUGCAGUCGCACAUGUCGCUGAUCAAUGAGACCACCAGUGCCCUGCCUCUGCAUGUGCAAGUCAGCAGUCUGUCGCUAUGGAAGUUCCGGGUCUUCUGCAGCAUGGACCACUCGGCCAAGCAGCAGGAGCAGGGCCUGUUUGGAGAGGAUCUGGGAUCAUCGGGCAUGGAUGAGAUGAAGCGCAUGUUGGCCGACACCAACCCGGUGCUCCUGGCCAUCACCUUCAUUGUCACGCUGCUGCACUCGCUGUUCGACUUUCUGGCAUUCAAAAACGACAAGCAGGACACGGUGGGCGUCAGCAUCCGCACCAUGCUGAUGAAUGUGGCAUUCGAGGCAGUCAUUCUGCUGUAUCUGUUUGACAACCGCGGCAACACCAGCUACAUGAUCCUGAUCAGCAACACUGUCAGUGUGGUAAUCGAGGGCUGGAAGGUCGUCCGUGCCGUCGACCUGCAGGCAGUCCCAGCGUACGAGGCGAUGACCGAGGAGGAGAGCAGCACGCGCGAGUACGACCAAAUCGCAUACAAGUAUCUAAGUUACGUGGCCUAUCCGCUGCUGCUUGUGUAUGCGAUCUACUCGCUGUUCACGCAGGAGCAAAGGUCGUGGUACUCGUUUGUGCUGUCGGUGCUGGUUGGGUAUGUGUACACGUUUGGGUUCAUGAUGAUGAUCCCGCAGCUGUACAUCAACUACCGACUAAAGUCCGUCGCGCACAUGCCGUGGCGCACCUUUGCCUACAAGGCCCUGUCGACGUUCAUUGAUGAUCUGUUUAGCUGGGUCAUGAAGAUGCCGUGGCUGCACCGCCUAGCGACGCUGCGCGACGAUGUUGUGUUUGUUGUUUACCUGUACCAGCGCUGGAUCUACCGAGUCGACCACUCGCGUGCUAAUGAAUACGGGCAGGUCGGCAAAGAAACCCAGGCGGAGAUCAAGACAGACGCCCUGGAGAGCGAUGCUGCCGAGCCCAAGAAGGACAAGUGAGCGUCAUUUCUACUCAACAUAUUGCGUUUGUUUACAUUUCCGUGCACUCUUGCCUUAAGGAAGCGCAGGAUUUCAACACGGCCCGCAGCUGUAGCUGUGGCUAUUUUUGCACCUGCCAGCUGUCUUUUUUUAGUUGCGAUAAAUGGCCUGUAGUGAAAUCCACAUGGAUUCGCCUGCUGAGCGGCUCGGGCGCCAAAGAUCAACCGGCGCGCAAUGUGGUCACGC